AUGGCGGAGAUUCUCAGCAUUCCAGCAUCAGUGAAUUUUGAUGAAUCCAUAGCUAAUUAUGAGAUUCACAGUCAUCAACCAUAUGCAUCCUCAUCGUUUAACAAUAGUGAUGAAAUUCGCAUUAUUGUACAAAAUCAAGAUUUAUCUAUUUUACCAAGCAAUAGUGUAUUACAUAUUUUUGGAAGGUUGACUAAUGCUGAUGGAACUGAUGCCACACAAAAUAUUCAUUUCACCAACAAUGCGAUAGCCUAUUUGUUUGAUGAAAUUCGUUAUGAAUUGAAUGGUAUUGAGAUUGACCGUUGCAAGUAUGUUGGACAUACAACUACUAUGAAAAGCUUGGUUUCCUUAACACCACCUCAACUUAACCGCGCUGAAAAUGCAGGAAUUUUGAAUAUGGAAUUUAAUACAAGAAUGUCAUUACAAGAUGGAUAUUUUGAUGUAUCAGUACCACUUGGUAUGAUUUUUGGGUUUGCUGAAGAUUAUAAAAAAAUUGUUAUGAAUGCGAAACAUGAACUGAUUUUAAUAAGAGCACGUAGUGAUUUAAAUUCUAUUAUUCAAACGGGCGAAGGUGCAGAUGAACAGUUCAAAGUACAAAUUAAUAAAGUGGAAUGGUUAGUGCCAUAUGUUUUACCAUCUGAUAAUAAUAAAAUCAAAUUAUUGAAAUUUAUCGAGAAAGAUCCACUAAUUUCAAUGAGUUUUCGAUCAUGGGAAAUGUUUGAAUAUCCCUUAAUUCCGUCAAGUACAAGAGUCAUGUGGCAAAUAAAAUCGUCAACACAAUUAGAGAAGCCUCGAUAUGUAAUUGUUGGAUUCCAAACAGGAAGAAAAGAUAAACGUAAAAAGUCUGCCAGUUAUUUUGAUCACUGCGACAUUACAAAUGUAAAACUCUUUUUGAAUUCACAAUCAUAUCCUUAUGGAAAUUUAAAUUUAAAUUUUAAUCAAAAUCAAUAUUCUAUACUUUAUGAUAUGUAUGCUAAUUUUCAAUCUUCCUACUAUGGAAGAGAUUCUGAACCCAUAUUAAAGCUUGACACUUUUAAAUCAUUGGCUCCUCUAAUUGUUAUUGAUUGUUCAAAACAAAACGAGUUUCUCAAACAAACGUCAGUUGAUGUACGUUUGGAAUUUGAAGCUAGAAAUAAUAUACCUGUUGAAACAACUGCUUAUUGCCUCAUCAUACAUGAUCGCAUUGUACAGUAUAAACCAAUCAGCGGUAUAGUUAAGAAGAUGUCAAGCAGUGGAGGGGGUAAAAUGAAAGUAGUGGGGGGUUGA